AUGAUGACAUCCAAAGAGGUGGCCAAAUGUGAUGCAGUGGAGAACAGGAGGCGAAGUCCGCUGGACCACUUGCCGCCUCCUGCCAACUCCAACAAGCCGCUCACCCCCUUCAGCAUCGAGGACAUCCUGAACAAGCCGUCCGUGAAGCGCAGCUACACGAUCUGCGGCACGGCGCACCUCAUCUCGUCCUCGGAGAAGCACCGUCCGUCCAGCAUCCCCCUGUCCAGCCGGGCGCUGCUCAACCAGACCUCCCCGCUGUGCGCGCUGGAGGAGCUGGCCAGCAAGACCUUCAAGGGGCUGGAAGUCAGCGUGCUGCAGGCGGCGGAAGGCCGGGACGGGAUGACUCUGUUCGGCCAGAGGACCACCCCGAAGAAGCGUCGGAAGUCCCGGACGGCCUUCACCAAUCACCAGAUCUACGAGCUGGAGAAGCGCUUCCUGUACCAGAAGUACCUGUCCCCCGCCGACCGGGACCAGAUCGCGCAGCAGCUCGGCCUGACGAACGCGCAGGUCAUCACGUGGUUUCAGAACCGCAGAGCCAAGCUAAAACGGGACCUGGAAGAGAUGAAGGCCGACGUGGAGUCGGCUAAGGCCGUAGGCCAGGUCCCCUUGGAAAAGCUCGCCAAGCUGGCAGACCUGGAGAAAUGCGCCAACGGCACGCUGGGCCACCCGCGCCCCCUGUCCCCGGCGCGGGGAGGCAAGCGGGACCACGAGCGCGGCCAGAAACUGCGGACGUCGCCGCUGUCUCCGUUCUCAGACCACACAACGAGUAAAGAGUGCUCAGAGGACGAGGACGUGGAGAUUGAUGUGGAUGACUGA